CUCCAGUUCAAGAGCCUCGGUUCUCGGUUCAUGCCCUGCAGCGCACUACUACUUCUACCGAGCACAGAGACCUCAGAGGACCUGCAAGCAACUUGCAAGCAAAAAAAAAAAAAAAGAAAUCAGGAUGAUUUUCGACACUUUGAGAAAGUUUGACAUCAUAUUCGACUCCCCGGAGCUGGACUGUCCGCCGGUGUUCAGCAGCGGGGACGUGGUGUCCGGCCGGGUGCUGCUGCAGCUGUCCGGCAAGAGCCGCAUCAGCUCGCUCAAGUUUCACGCCGAGGGCUUCGCUAAGGUGCACUGGACCGAGUCCCGGUCCGCCGGCUCCAGCACGGCGUACACGCAGAACUUCAGCGACGAGGUGGAGUACCUGAACCGCAAAGAGGUGCUGCUGCAGGCAGACAGCGGCGAGGCGACCGUCCUUCCUGCCGGCAGACACGAGUUCCCCUUCAGCUUCCAGCUCCCGGAGGAGACGCUGGUCACCUCCUUCGAGGGGAAGCACGGCAGCAUCCGCUACUGGGUCAAGGUCAAGCUGCACCGGCCGUGGGCCACCGUCAGGAAGAUCAAGAAGGAGUUCACGGUGAUCGAGCCCAUCGACAUCAACACGCCGGCCCUGCUGGCGCCGCAGGCCGGAGCGAAAGACAAGAUGGCCCGAGCCUGGUACCGCAACUUUGGACAGGUGUCCGUCACGGCCAAGAUCGCCCGUAAAGGCUACACCCCAGGCGAGGUGAUCCCCGUAUUCGCCGAGUUCGACAACUCCACCUCCAGGUCCAUCGUGCCGAAAGCCUUCAUCACCCAGACGCAGACGUUCAUCGCCCGCGGCACCAUGAAGCAGAAGCACUCGGUGGUGGCCACGCUGUGCGGCGACAUCGUGAGCCCGCGCUGCAGCAGCUCGUGGCACGGCCGCGCCCUCAAGAUCCCGCCGGUGGGGCCGUCCAUCCUGCAGUGCCGCAUCAUCAAAGUGGAGUACAUGCUGAAGGUCUGCGUCGACGUUCCCGGGACGUCCAAGCUGUGCCUGGAGCUGCCGCUGGUCAUCGGCACCAUCCCGCUGCAUCCCUUCGGCAGCAGGACGUCCAGCAUCAGCAGCCAGUACAGCGUCAACGUGGAGUGGAUGCGCAUGGCCAUCCCUGAGCAGCCGGAACCUCCUCCAGACUACAGCUCCGUGGUGACGGAGGAGGAGGCGGAGCAGCGCCACCACGCGGUGGAGCUGCGGCCGGCCGAGGACCUGAGCGGCAUCCAGGAGCAGCCGCUCCGGGCCUUCGUCCAGGAGUUCCGCUUCCGGCCUCCGCCGGUCUACAGCGAGGUGGACCCCAACCCUCAGCCCCUCAACAUGAGACCUCGCUGCAUGACGUGUUGAACCAUUCCUGCCUGAGCAACAAGCAGCUUAGUUACCUAACGAAUCAAGAGAUUUGUCUUCUCCUGGAUUCCUCCUCUCUGGUGAACGACCCCCCCCUUCCCCGGAGGGAGAUGGACCCUCGUGCCUCCCGGAGGCCGGGACCCCGGAGCUCACAGGAAGUGAACGUUUCUGCAGAGCGGCUGUAAAAGUGGACGUUUCCCCCGUCGCGCUGCGAGGGGAAGCAGCUUCUCCGCAUCACUUCCUGUCCUCCCCGAGUGAUUUUUCAACCGCCCCGAGUGACGCGGGGCAGCAAAACGCCUCCCAAUCAAGAGAUUUUAUUGAGAUUUCAGGGGUUGAGAUCACUUGACAUUCACCAGGGCGGCGAGUCGCCCUGGCGCCCGGCGUUGAGCCGAAGCGAAGCGCUCGGAAGCAACACAGAAACACAGAAGUGCAAUUUUCCUGAGGCCUCUGCCGCGCACGGCGGCAGACGUCAAGCAUCUACGCUUAUGCAACGUGUGACUCGACGUGUUGGAUCUUGCCGUUGAGCUCACACUGCAACGAAAGCGCAUGACGUCGGAGCGGGAAGUCCGACCAGAACACGCAGAUGUGUUUCAUGCAUGCAGUUAGCGAUUAUGUCAAAGGGACAAAAAAGAAAAAGUGCCUCAGCAGUUGGAGGUUUCAUGAGAGUUUUAGAGAAGUCGGACGGAGCUGAAUGUGUCCUGAGAGAAGAGAAACGGAGCAAGUGUUUUGAGUUUUGUGUUACCGCAGGUUGGAGGCUCUGAGGUGUGACGUUUUUAUUGUGAAGAAGAAGAAAAAAGGGGGCAGCCGCUUGCAGACGAGCGCUCCCAGCUGCUAAACUAAAGACCUCGGAGCCACACGGCUCGGCGGCUCCUCCUCGUUUCGGGAGGUCGAGCCGCGAGCUGGAAACGCCGCCGUUGCCUAGCGACGGCAAACAUUCCAAAAAAACUGACUCGAGGACCGUUUUCUCUCCUCAGCUUCCAAAAAAAAACACAAAAAAACCACAACUUUUUCAGGAGUUUCAGUUCAGGGUCAGAUGUGCAACUUGACUGGCGCGCACUGAGUAUACAGAUGAGAAAUGUAUUUUUAUACAAAUGCAGUUGUUGUUGAUGCCAAAGUUUUGUAAUUGUCUUUUUCCUAUUAAAAAAAACCAAAAAGAU